UUUGAUUCUCUUAUAAAUUUCUAAUUUUUUUUAAAAAAAUAUUUGUCGAAAUAAUUCAUCAGAUAUUUAGUGUAUUUUUAAUAUUGAAUGUUUAAUCUAUCUUAUUAAAUUAGAAAUACUUUAAGAUUUUGUUUGACAACAUACAUAAAUAGCAGUAAGUUAGGUAAAAAAUAAUGGGCUUAUGCUAUUAAAAAAAUUGGAAGUCUAAUAAAUAAUAUUAAAAAGUAAAGGGUUUAUAUUACUUGAUAUACAUAUUCAAAUCAAAAUCAUAAUUUUAAAUUGAUUUAUAUCAAAAAUUAAUUCAAAAUAUGCAUAUAUUCAUAAUUUGAUUUGUACUAACAUAUUUUCUAAUAACCUUUAUAAAAAAAAAUACCAUAGGAUAGCACUAAAAUUUUUUUUUCCAUAAAUAUAGACUCUAAAGAUAAAAUGACCAAAAUGUUUCAUUAAAGAGGUAAAUAUACAUUUAUACCCCUAGGGUUAACUAAUUCAAACCUUAGGGUUUAGAGUUAGAGAAAUACCAUAGGAUAGCACUAAAAAAUUUCUAUUAGAAAUGUAGACUCUAAGAAUCAAAAUGACCAAAAUGUUUCAUUACAAAAGUAAAUAUACAGUUAUACCCCUAGGGUUAACUAAUCCAAACCUUAGGGUUUAGAGUUAAGGGCUGGGGAUUUGGGUUUGAGGUUUAAAAUUUUAUAAAAUAGAAAAUAAAUAUUACCCCUAGGGUUAACUAAUCCAAACCUUAGGGUUUAGAGUUAAGGGCUGGGGAUUUGGGUUGGGGAAAUUUUACUUUUACACUUUGUUGGAUACCACUUUUCAACUUUACCAUCAGUCUAAGGACAUUUUCAGAAAUACACAUUUUCAUUAAUGAGCAAAAGACAAUAACACCCUUACCUUAUCUUCUUCUCCACCAUUGGUUUCUCUCCCUGUCCCCGAGUCACCUUCGUCUCUCUCUCUCACCGUCGAUUUCCGGCGCCUCUCUCACCGCCUAGUUAUGGCGUCUCUCUCACCGUCGAUCUCUCUCUCACCGUCGACUUUCGGCGACAAAAUCGAUUCAAAAUCUCCAAGAUGUCAACUCAUAUAUGUGAUUCACAACUUAUGUCUCUAAUUUCUGUAUUUUUGCUUGAUUCGAUUUUGUGCUUUCUCUUAUCGAAAAAUCAAACAAGGUUCUCUUAGAUAUUUCAUUUAAAGAGGUCGAUCUAAGAGAAACAGAUUUGAUAGUGAAACGUUGAGAGUGAAAACAUUGAGUAUUUGAAAACUUAAAUCUGGUUUUGAAAUCAUAUUAAGAUUGAUCUGAAUGGAUCUGGCUAAGAAAGAGAUUUUCCGAUAGUGAAAACUGAAUAUUAAGGAAUUAUAACUCCUUAUAAAUCUGGGUUUCAUGAGAUUGUUGAUAAAUACAACUCAAUGAUUUAUAAGGAAUUAUAACCAUUUAUAAAUCUAGGUUUCUACCAGGAAACCUCUUCUGCAGAUCUGCUAUGUCUACAUAGGGACUCAACAAGGGCUCCGACAAUUACUGAAGUGUUGGAAGUGGAGAAGAAAAAUAAUGUGAGUUUUUACUAAAGUUUAUAAAUAUAUUCGUACUGUAUUGUUUAGAAAGAGGUUUAUAAACAUACUCCUUGAAAAAGGGUUACAAGCAGGCGCCUUGGUAAAAAAUGUAAAGCGUUUAGACAUUUUUAGAAUAUUUUUCAUUUUGUACUUUUUCUGUAACACGUUGCUUGCAUCAUUCACACACUAGCCCUUAACAUUCACAUUAGAUUAUUGAGAUUGGUUGCUCUGUUUCUUCUUGGCUUGUGUUUUGUGUGUUAACUCGCAUGUUUCACUUGUCUUAACACCUUGCUUGUGUCAUGCCCUCAUUAGCUCCUGCCAUUUACAUGAGAUUACUAAGUUAACUAUAUUGUUUCAUAAUGGUUUAUAAAUAAGAGAUUUACAGAGACUUAUAAAACGUUGUUUUAUCUUUGUUACAGGGUGUGGUUACUACAGUGUUUGGAUUCUCUGAGGAAUUCAAAUAUUUGGUGAACCCAACAUAUCCUCAUGAUAAGGACUUUGACAGUGUUAUACAACUAGUUCAACAAGGAUACAAAGUGUAGAAAAUCGAUUGGAAACAAGGAUUUGUGGAUGUUUUCUUACAACAGAAGACAUUGGUCGACAAAGCAGGACAUAAGACAAAUAUGUACAGCAAAACCUCUAAGGAGCAAACACAAGAUGAAGAAGAACAACAAACGGAAGUUGAUGCUGAAUUCGGUGACGGUGAUAAAGAAAGAGAAACAUCAAAAAUCAAUGAAGGGCAUACACUUGAGGAAGAAUAAGAAGAACAAAUGGAAGCUGAUACAGAAGUUGAAGAGUCCGUGCAAGUUGAAAGGCAGAAAUGAAGAAGAGGAAGUAAGCCAUCAUAAUACUGUUUUGGAACAAGAGCAUAAGAAAAAUAAAGAGAAAAGAAAAGAUGAAGCGUAUGAGAAAGCUAAGGAGAAAUUUCAAGAUGAAGAUGGUUCCAAACUCGAUAAGUUAAUCCAAAUGCUUUAUGAUUUGAAUAAACAAGUAGAAGUAAUCGAGAAUGUCUUAGGAGUGGCAGACGGUUAUGAGAGUCCAUGCAACUAUGAUGAUACAAAAGGUGCACCAAAUGAUGAAAAUGAAGAAGAAGAAAUUUCUGGUGGUAAAAGAAAUGCAACAGAUGAUGAAAAUGAUGAAGAAGAAAUUUCUGAUACACAGCAACUAACGGAAGUGAAUAUUCUUAGGGAAAAUGAGAAUACAUAGAAAAUCACUCCAGACGAAGACACUGAAAAAAGUGAAAAAAAGAUGCAUGAAACAAAAGUCACAGUUACAAUUCUAAAAAAUAUAAUAUAAAGGUUUAUAAAAUUUUUUAUAUUAAGCUUAACUAAUCUUAUCUUUUGUAGAUGACGUCAUCUACUCCAACAUUCACUACUCCAAACUUUGAUAUAAGGGUAUAAAAUUUAAUAUAUUUUAUAAGGCCUUAUAAAUUUUAAUGUAUAAAGCUUAAAAUUAUAGUUUCUAAAUAAUUUGUUUACAGAUUACAUCGCCUAUAAAUAAUUAUUCGCAAGAGAUGAUUAAAACAUUUAUAAGCAUUAUCUAUGGAUUCAUAAACAAUAAUGUAUUAAAAUUUAUUAAACAUCACUUUAAACCUUCAUAAAACUCAGAUAUACUAGUUUAUAAAGUAUUAUAUAAACUCAGAGAUGAAAUUUAAACACAAAAAAUGAUAUGUAAAGGCUGAUAAAUAACUUAUAACCCUUUAUAUAUCUUAUAAUAAGAUUUUAGAAAGCAUUAUGAAAAUUAAUGAUAAAAAGUUUAAAAAGUAAAAUCGGUGAUAUAAAUACAUGAAGAUGCUCGUUGCUAAUUUUCUUAAAAAAUAAACUAGAGUAAAUGUAAAGUGCAAAUGAUUUACAGCUUACAAUCACUUAUAAGAACACGUGCUACACAUAUAUAUUACAGAAAGACAUGUGUCUUGUUUCUCUUAUAUGUGUCAAGAACAUAUAUAUUACAUAUAAAAACAUGUGUCUUCUCUCUCUUUCUGCUACUCUAAUCUUCUUGAACAUUGUGUUUCCCUCUGAAAACAUAAAAACAUAAGGCUAAAUAUAUAUAUUGUUUUAAAGUUUCUUUUAUAAGGUCUUAUAAAUAUAAAAAUUGUAAUAAAUACCUCAAUGGGGGUUACUAUUUCCAGCAAUAUGCAAAUCAUGAGUAAUUAAAGCUUCAUCCCGUGUCUGAAUCGUAUUUGACACACUCUUUGAUGAUAAAUAAGUUCUUUUCUGAAACGUUAACAAAAAACAUAAAGCUAAUAGUAAAUCUCCAAAUGACAUCAUUAUAUUUAUAAGGUCUUAUAAAUGUAAAAGUUGUAAUAAGUAUUGCUAUGGCAUACUUCCGGCAAUAAGCAAAUCUUGAGUAUUACAUACUAUCUUGUAAAAUAACUAACUGAUAACUAGCAUAAACGUUAUGAAAGUAUAUACACAAUUAAUAUCGGUUAUGUAUUCAAUUUAUAAGGUUUAUAGGUUUAGGAACCAAUUAGAAAGUCUCUUAAAUCAUUUAUAAGAGUCUACAGUAAUUUAUAAGGACUUGUAGAAACAAUAUAUAAGAGUUUGUAAAAUUGUUUAUAAGGGUUUAUAAGGAUAUAUAAAUAAUUAAUAAGAGUUUAUAAAUUAUUUAUAAAAAUUACUAAAAACAAUUUCUGAAUUUUAUAAAACUUUUAAAAAGGUUUACAAUUUUUUUGUAAGAGUCUAUAAACCAUUUAUAAAGGCUUAUAAAAUAAUUUAUAAGAGUAUGUAAAAUAGUUUAUAAGGAUUUAUAUGUAAAUAAUUAAUAACUGUUUAUAAAUCAUUUAUAAAUGUUUAUAAAAACAAUACAUAAAUUUUAUAAACCAUUUAUAAGGGUAUAUAAAUUAUUUAUAAAGAAUCUAUAAACUUUUUAUAGAGGGUAUGUAAACAAUUUGUUUAUUCAUGGCUUUAUAAAGUAUAUCUUUUGUCUGUAUUUUAAUCAUUUGAUAUAGAAUCCUAAUUUACCUUCAUAAUUUAGACACUAAAAACAUCUGAACGACAUGUUUCUUUACUUGAAUUCUGGAUACAAUGUAUUAUUUCUCAUCUUGUUCUCUCUUACAUGAAAAUUGGCACAAAAUCUAGAUCAUUCAACGUCAACCUAACCAAACUUGAUUUCUAUUACAAGAAACAAAAUGUAGUAAAAAUGAAUAGUUUCAAUUACUUAGCCACAGAAUAACAGGCCAUUUCAUGGAAAGAGCAAGACUAUGAGUUGAAAGGACUAUAUAAGGCUCUCAUCUGAACAUUAGAGAUAAUUCCUUGUUCUCAACAAAAAGUUGUCAUUUCAAACAUAAUCUGAGAACAUCAAGGUUUCUCCACAUCACACUCUUCUCUUUUGUA